AUGCCGACAAAUACAUCUUCUCCAAAUUCAUCUACAGGUAAUCAAGUCAAAGACCCUGCAAGCAACAAUGAAUUGAGUAAACCUGAGAAAAAACCGACCACUAAUCCUGAAGCUAUAUAUGAGUUCGCAUUUCUUAUGGAUCCAUUCUUAAGAUGUACAUUAUUCAUCUACAGCUGGGUAUUUUAUUUUGCAAUUGAAUUCUUGAAGUGCCGUUUUAGCAUUUAUAGAGUAGCAACAAGAUCGUUUAUAGUGUUUUUUAUGGAGCUAGAAAAGAAGGGAAGACGAGUCGUUCUAUUGACAUAUUUUGCACAAGCCACGGUGUUUUUGUUAUUGUUGUUUAUGUUCUUAAAUUAUUAUUUAUCGCGAGGAGCUACACUUUCUAGGAAGGUACUAAAAUCUACAAAUUUGAAAGGGAAGGUCGCUAUUGUUACAGGUGGAUACAGUGGGAUAGGACUUGAGACAGUAUUCCAGUUACUUAAAUGGAAUUGUAAAGUAGUGAUAUUUGGACGUGACAAAACUAGAGCAACUAACGCAAUUGAGAGAAUGAAGUCAACCAAAUCAUUUGACGAAAAUAACUUAUACUUUAUUGAAAUGGAUCUUGACAACUUAACAUCGGUCAAAAAUGCAGCCUCUUCAUUUUUAAAUAUGUUUGAUAGACUGGAUUUCCUUAUUAAUAACGCAGGAGUGUCGACCGGUCCUUUGAAAAACAAGAAUGGCUUAGAAUCAAAAUUUUCUACAAACUUUCUUGGUCACUUUUAUUUAACUAAUCUUCUACUUGAUUUGCUAAAAAAAACUGAAGGAAGGGUAAUAAGUCUUUCCAGCAUUGAGCAUUAUAUGUAUGACCCAAAAAAUGAUAAACUUUUUGAGACGAAAUCUACAACAUCACUUCAACUUGAUAAUAGAAACAACUACUACGCAAGGUCUAAGUUGUUUAUAAUUUGGUUUACACACGCAUUACAAAGAAGACUAAAGGCUGUAAAUAGUAAUGUGUUGUGUUUGACUGUACACCCAGGGAAAGUCUGGACAAAAAUGAAGAUUAAAUCAGUAAAGGACCAUUUAUGUUAUAUUCCUAAGAGGUUUUUACCUUACUUAACCAAAAGCCCAGCUUGCGGAGCUGCAACCACCCUGUAUCUGUGUAUAGCUCCAUCAAAUAUGUUGAUUCCUGGAGCAUAUUACUGUGAGUUAAAUGUCGGCCUCGUCAGAAGAACAGCUCAUGACGAGGAAAAUGAGGAGAAGCUAUGGAAUUUAGCAGAGGAAAUGGUCAAGAAUAAUUAA